AAUUUUGUGCGGUUAUUACGCACACAUAUUCCAUCUUUGCAUAAAUUUUUUAUUGUUAGUUAAAAAUAAAAGAUAAGCUCGAGCUUCGAAGCGCAAAGAAUAGCCUAUAAUAAAAAACAACGAAGUAAUUUCACUGAGAAGCAGUAAUCCUCGCAGUGAAAAUGGCAGAAAAUAAACAAAACGACAAGAAAGAAUUGGAUGAUUUGCUUGACAAUGCCUUGCAGGAUUUCGAUAAGAACAGCACAUCCGCCAGCGCAGGAGAUGCCAGCAAAAAUGUUGCUGCAAAUGGGGCGGUGGUGGGCACUCCAGCUGAUGCCGAAUCCGCCGCAGAUCCCGACGCAUUUUUUAUUGAGCAGGCAAAUGUUUUAGCCGAACGCAUGCAAACCUUGUUUGGUGGUCCCAACACACCUAGUGGUGAACUACCGCCGCUGCCGCAAGAUCCAGAUCAAAUUUUGGCUGGAUUCAAAAAAAUGGCUGAAGCGGCAGCUAUGACUUUGCAGGGCGAAAAUCCAGCAAGUGAUGAAGAAGUGGCCAAAUAUUCUGAUAGUAUAGCACAAGCACUCAAGGGCCUUCAAGAAGGCUCGGAAAAUUUAAGUGCACCCGUUUCUGAGACUGAUGUCGCUAGCAUGUUUAGUGGGCUCAAUUUAGAAAAUCCCGGAGAAGGUGAUAACAACAUGUUCCUACCGUUCAUGGAAGGCAUGAUGCAGAGUUUGCUGAGUGCGGAAAUAUUGCUGCCAAGCAUUAAAGAGUUGGUAGCAAAGUAUCCAAAAUAUUUUGAAGAGCAUGGUGACAAAAUUAGCGCUGAGGAUCGAGAGAGAUAUGAAAAACAACUGGAACUAUACAAAGUGCUCGAGAAGCAAUUAGAAGCAGAGAAACCGGACGAUUCAGCAGCUGUUAAGCGCGACAAAUUCAAAGUCGUUCUCGAUCAGAUGCGCCGAUUGCAAGAAUUUGGAAACCCGCCCGACGAAAUUUUGGCUGAAACAGCCGGUGAUCUUCCCAUACUGGAUCCAAAUUUAGCCGGCGGUGCUGCAGGUGCUGGAGCGAACCCACAGUGUCCAAUGAUGUAGUGUGUGGGCGUCAUUUUAAUAACAUCAUACGUGUAGCUGGCAU